AUGCAGAAGAUGGACUCGCAGAAAGCGGUGGUGGACCAGAUGGUCAGCUCCUAUGCUGGGCUGGUGAAGAACAUCGACGGCGCCAGUGACAGCACGAAGCGCGCCCUGCUUGACACCGUGAACACCUCCUCCGACGUCCUGCUUCAGAAGCUGGAUGCCACGCAGCAGGACUUGCUGAAGCAGAGCAACGACUCUCACACCGUGCUCCAGACUGUGGCCCAGGCUCAGACAAGCUUGGCCAAGAAGGUGGAUUCGGGCAACGAGUUCACGCAGCGGCGCUUGGUGGAGAUGGAGAGCUCUAUCGGAAGCAAGGUGGACUCGGUCGGCAAUGCGAUGCGCGAGGCCCAGGCAGCAAACACCGAAAAGGUCAUCCAUUCCACCCGCGACGACUUGGCCACCCUCGCGACACAAGGCAAUGCCAUGCUGGAUGCUGCAGAGAAGUCCGCUGCAGAGCAGGAGCAGCGUAUGUCUGAUGUCCGGCGCCAGAACCUGAUGAUUUUGGACUUGCUCACCAACGCCCAGCAGACCAUGCAGGGCAGUGCCGAGUCCCUCGAGAGUUUCACACGCUCCGAGAUCAUGCGGGACUCCGCAGCAAACAUCGAGAUGCAGAUCCGCGACGUCAUCAUGCAGCAGAUGGGCAAGUUGCAGGCGGCGUUCCUUGGUGAUGACGACGAGGGAGGCAGCGGCAGUUCCUUCAAGGCGGCUGUGACAUCCAUGGUCAUGCGGCUUGAGGAGAGUGCAGGGCGCCUCGAGACCGCGUCCUCACCGGCAGAGACCGGCCAGGACCAGAUUCAAGUCGUCGAAAACCUGCGGCAGGAACUGGCAGCUUUGGCCACGGCUUUGUCGCAGCAGCAGAACGAGGCUACACAACAGAGCCUCACCCAUGUCAGCGAGGCCCUGCGUGCAGAAUUGUUGCCACUGAAGGACUCCCAGACGCAGGUUACAGGCGUACUGACGGAGAAGGUUGCAGAGCUCCAGGACUCCCUGGUGCAGAAUUUGGCCAAGUUUGAGACCGGCUUGGACAAAGUCCUGCAGACUGUUGAGGCAUCCGCCAAGCCUUCAAGUCCGGAGAAGCGCAGCUCUCGCGCAGCCGACCGUGGGUCAUCUUGA